AUGGACCAAACUGCCCGCGCGAUGGUACAGACUUUCAAUGCACGUUACGUAUCGCUGCAUGUUCGCGUCAGCAACCGGGCCGCGUUGAAUCUGUACGGAAACACACUUGGAUUUGAAGUGAGCGACAAAGAACCGAAGUACUACGCUGAUGGCGAGGACGCGUUUGCCAUGAAACGCGAUUUGGUAGCUUUUGCGCGACAGGUACAACAAUUUUGCUAG